UCUAAAGGGGAGACGAUAGGACAAAAAAAAAAAAAAAAAAAAAAAAAAAAGUGAUGAUGAUGAAUACAUUGGAAAGUUUUUUGGCCCCAGCGAGGGUGUCAGAUUGAAUGGCCUGUGCGCAUGUGCGAAGGUGUCCAAACUGACAAUGCUGGUGAGAUGAAGAUAGUGUUGUUGCUGCUUCUGGGCUCACGGAGGACGACGAGAGGAAUCUACAAGCCGACAAGAUGAGAUCCAAGGCGAGGGCGAGAAAACUGGCAAAAAAUGACAGUGAGCCAGUGGACAGCAUGUAUGACACAGAGGCCAACCUCCCGGGUUUAGCAGCUGGCAGCGGAGGUAGUGCUGACAGCCCAGAAGACGACGCAGAAGACAGUAUCAUCAACAUGUCCCCUUUGCCCUCACCGACUCCUUCCCAUCCAAACAACAACCAUCACCACCUGCUGCAUCCUCACAUCUACACCUCCCACCACCUCCAUAACAAUAGCAGCAGCAGCAAUGACCAGGACUUCACCACACCUAAGGAAGGCUCACCCUAUGAAGCGCCUGUCUACAUUCCUGAUGACAUUCCCAUUCCCAGUGAACUGGAGCUGCGGGAGUCCUCUGUGCCAGGUGCUGGCCUAGGGGUAUGGGCUAAAACCCGCAUUUGUGCUGGUGAGAGGUUUGGUCUGCACAACGCAAAGCAUCAUGGGGCCACAGGCAAAGACAUCUCCUUCGGAUGGGAGCAGAUGAUGAAUGACCAUGAAGAUGACUCUCCUGACAGCUGCAUCAAAAAGGUGGUGGAUGACAUGGGUAACGUCAAGUUUUCACUGGACACAGGCCCGGACGCCAACAGCAACAGCUGGCUCAAAUACGUCCGCUCUGCCCCGUCAUUUGAGGAGCAGAAUCUCGCCGCAUGUCAUCUCACAGGAGACCAGAUUUAUUAUAAAGCUGUCCGGGACAUCGAAGCAGGGGAGGAGCUUUUAGUGUAUAUGAAGGACGGUAUUUUCCCCGAGGGAUCCAUGGCACCUAACCUACAAGACGAGCAGAUGUACCGCUGUGAAGACUGUGAUGAGCUGUUCUCCUCAACACUUGAGCUGCGGCGGCAUCAGAAGUACUCGUGCUCCAGUGCAGGUGCCAUCUUUGAUGCACUAAGAGAUGACUUCAAACAAGAACGUGAAGACAGCGAUGAGCCUGUUCACGAGUGCAAAGACUGUGAGAAGAUUUUCCCAAACGAAUACAGUCUUGGGCAGCAUAUGAUAGUUCAUACAGAGGAGCGGGAGUACAAGUGUGACCAGUGCCCCAAAGCCUUCAACUGGAAGUCCAACCUCAUCCGCCACCAGAUGUCACAUGACAGUGGCAAGCGCUUUGAGUGUGAAAACUGUGAUAAGGUACAGCACACCCAGCACGUGUUCACAGAUCCCAGCAACCUGCAGCGCCACAUCCGCUCCCAGCAUGUGGGGGCACGGGCUCACACAUGCCCUGAAUGUGGCAAGACCUUUGCCACUUCAUCAGGCCUCAAGCAGCAUAAGCACAUCCACAGUAGUGUCAAACCUUUUAUCUGCCCUGAUGGGCUUUGUCUUUUUGCUCCCCCAGGCGAGGUGUGCCACAAAUCGUACACCCAGUUCUCCAACCUCUGCCGCCACAAGCGUAUGCAUGCUGACUGCCGUACCCAGAUCAAGUGUAAGGACUGCGGGCAGUUGUUCAGCACUACCUCUUCCCUCAACAAGCACCGUCGCUUUUGUGAGGGCAAAAACCAUUACGGCUCUCCACCUGGGAUGUUCAACCCUGGCAUCCCGAUGAGCUCCAGCCCCAUCAUGGCUAAAGCAAAGUCCCACCACCCCCACCUUCCAGGUCUAAACCAAUCAGGUUUAGGCUUCACUGACUAUUUUCCCUCAAGACCUCAUCCUCAUGCUGGCUUGCCCUUCUCUCCAGGACCCCAUGGCUUCCCAUCCCUCCCACAUGGAUUCCCAGGUAUAUUCCCCCCUUCACUGUAUCCACGACCACCAUUAUUACCAGCUAGUCCGCUGAUAAAGAGCCCACUGGGCAACAGCAGUCAGGAAGUGAAGCUUCCUCGGAGUCCCUUAGAUGCUCCUCCUCUGUCCCUUGUUAGCUCCACAAACAGCAAUGGAGUUAACAAUUCAAGUAAACUGGAAGACAAAGAAAAGGAGAACAAACUUGAUUUGUCUUUGAGUGGAGAAGCCAAGUCUAAAUCUAAGAUGGCAGACAUGUCUGACGGUAGCGACCUUGAAGAUGUUAAUACCACGAGUGGGACAGAUUUGGACACUACCACUGGUACUGCUUCAGGUGAUGGGUCUGACCUAGAGAGUGAAGGAGAGAGUGAACGUGAACGUAGUGGUAAAAGGAGGAAGCCAUCUGGCACGGUAUUAAGUCAAGAAGCAAACCAGUUAGAAGAUACAAACAGUGUGUUGAUGUCAGCCGUGUCUAGUUCAGGGAACCUCUCUAUUGAUCGUCCAUUUCUUGCUGCUGCAUCAUCCCAGCACUCCUUCUUCCCUCCACCUGAUGAUCAAGCCCUCCCACCCACCACCACAAACACCAAUGCAGUCACAACGGAUUCCAUCAAAGCCAUUGCUUCUAUUGCUGAAAAAUAUUUUGGUCCAGGUUUGAUUGGACUUCAUCAGGAGAAGAAGAUGGGCCCACUGCCCUACCAUUCCAUGUUUCCUUUUCAAUUCCUACCUAACUUUCACAACUCCCUCUAUCCCUUUAGCACUGACCGAGGCAAUCUCAAUCCUAGCAUGUUCUUUAAACCUGAACCUAAGUCCCCUCGUGAGCAGCUGCACAAGAUGGUUUCAAGUUCCCCUGCAGCUCCUGCUCCUACUGCAGAGUCUCCAUUUGAUCUCACCACAAAACCCAAGGAGGCCAAGUUAACUCCUCCAACCCCAACAACAAACCCCUCAAACCUCAACAGCAGUACUGGGAGCAGUAGUGGACCUGUAGCAAUUUCUAGCAGUGAAGAACAGCCACUGGACCUCAGCAUUGGCAGCAGGAACCGCAGUGGUCAUAAUGGUGUGCCAGCCGAGACUCAGAAUCGAAAGAACCACAUCUAUGGACCUGGGAAAGGGGCCUCUAUUAAGGAUGAAACUCUAUCUGGUUUUCCACACCCUCAUUCGCAGUCAUUGCACCAAUCCUCCAUCAAUCACCACCAGCAGCCACAGGCACAGCCACACCAGCCACCACCCCUGCACUACGCCAAGCCCUCAGCAUUUUUCAUGGACCCCAUCUACAGCAGGGUGGAGAAGAGGAAGCUCCUCGAUCCGGUUGGAGCUCUGAAGGAGAAGUUCCUCAGGCCUUCACCACCACUCUUCCAUCCACAGAUGUCAGCCAUGGAGAAUAUGACAGAGAAGCUUGAAAGCUUUGGUGCACUAAAACUGGACACGCCGCCCAAUUCACUGCAACACUCGGCCCAUCCACUGUUCAACUUUCGCUCACCCCCACCUUCCCUAUCAGACGCCAUCCUUCGCAAAGGCAAGGAACGCUACGCCUGCAGGUACUGUGGGAAAAUCUUUCCCCGUUCAGCAAAUCUCACCAGACAUUUACGAACACACACAGGGGAGCAACCCUACAGGUGUAAAUACUGUGACCGCUCAUUCAGCAUCUCAUCCAAUCUUCAACGCCACGUCCGCAAUAUCCAUAACAAAGAGAAACCCUUCAAGUGUCACCUGUGCAAUCGCUGCUUCGGUCAGCAAACCAAUCUCGACCGCCAUCUCAAGAAGCAUGAGCAUGAGAACAUUCCUGUGAGCCAACAGUCUGGGAUGCUUUCCACCCUAGGAACUACCAUAUCUUCUCCAAACUCCGAGCCAGACAAUCAUGCACUUUUGGACGAGAAAGAGGUGUCGUACUUCUCAGAAAUCCGUAACUUCAUUUCCAACAGUGAGAUGAACCAGGCCUCCAGCUCCACAGAUAAGAGGUCAGACCAGCCUGAGGAGGAGCGCCCACCCAGCCACAGUUUGUCCAACUCCAAACUGGGACUCCAGGGGCUUGAGGAGGAUGAAGAGGAAGUGGAGGGUGAUGAUGAGGAAGAAGAAGAAGGCAGCCUGACAGAGAAGUCGCAUGACGAUGCGCCAGAGUCCCCGUCUCCUGUUACAGCGGGAGUGUAUGAGGAUGAUGAAGAAGAGGAGGAUACGGAGACGGCUCCAUUAGCAAUGAGCUAUGAACACACUCGCAGGUGUAUAGAGGAGGAAGGCUCUCUCCUGGACCUGGAGGGUCUGCCCACCUUUCCCAAGAGCCUGGACGGUUUACGUAAAGCAGCCAGUGACGAGCAGCCCUUUGACGUUAAAGACAUAUUUAACACUUCUCUAGAAUCUGAGGCAUUGAAAGAGACAUUGUACAGACAGGCUAAAACCCAGGCUUAUGCAAUGAUGCUGUCUCUCUCAGAGAACAACCCUUUGCACGCGCCCUCCCAGAACUCUCUGGACGCUUGGCUGAGCUUGGGAGGUGGACCGUCUGAGACGAGCAGCUUUCACCCACUCAACCACAUCUAGGCAAAGAGAGAUGGACAGAAGGUGGGAGGAAGAGUAGGAGGAACAUUAGUUUCACAAAUGGAUAGAAACUAGAGAAUGAGUGGACAUUAAAUAAUGGAAGAUGUGGCGGCCGGAGAAGAAUUCAUUGUCACAUACAUUUAAGAUAGAGAGAAUGAGUUUGUGUGGUUAUGUGUACGUUCACCUGUUUGUGUGUUUGUGUGAAAGAGAUAAAGGAGGGAGAGAUUGUCCCUAAGUGAGGGGUCAUGCAAGACUCUGUCCGAGAGAAAGCACUGCUAUGCUCCUGUCGAUGUGAAGGACACCAUGAAUGCUUCUCAGUAGCAUUGAAACUGCAUAACUCUGAAUCCUCCUUAAGUGCACAAGGCUCAAUGCAUCAUCACAGACACCCUGAAUAAGGCUUUCAUAAAGACACUUAAUGACUGACAUGUCUCUAAAGUCUGUGUUUAAUAGCUACUACAAGUCUUGUAGCUUUGGCAUUGCAAGUCCACAAGGUGGCACUGUUUGAGCAAGACAACAGUGGCUGUGUGCACAAUCCUAUGGACGUUUUCCUCCACCAAUCAUGGGCAACUGCUUUUGUUGCAGUUUUAAUUGCAGAAUCAGCAACAACAGCAAAAUAUUCAGAUCCAGUAGACUAUUGAUUUUUCAGUGAUUACACAAAGAAUGAUGUCCAAUGUUCAAAUGUUCUUUUAAUGAUCUGUCUGGGCCACUAGUCAUUGUAAUUGGUAACUAAAUUUGAUCACACUUAAAAGUAACUCUGAUCAUGCUUAAAAAAAAAUAAAAUAAAAGUCUUUCUCUGUUUAUCACAUCAUCAUUUGUUAAUUGUAUUUAGUUUCCUUCAUGUUAGAUACCACAGUAUUUCUUUGUUGGCACCACAGUGCUAAAUUAUUAAUAUAAUUAUUUUAGAGAAGGACCAAAAUUGUAUGAUGUCAUAUGAUGUAAAAAAAUAAUAAUGAUAACCUAGAUGUUCAUAGUAAGAGUGGUAUGUGCCAAAUAACCCAUAGAAAAUGUUUUGUUCUCUGACAAUCAUUUCAUUUCCAAGGGGCUCACAUUUGCUGUCAGUUCUUUUUUUUUCUUUUUUCCCUAUUAUGUGCUUAUAUAUUUGAUUUAAAAAAUGUGUGUAUGUAUUUAUUUUUUGUCGUUUUGUCAUGACUGUAGGAGUGAAAUGAAGAGAAGUCUUUUUUUAUCCCUCUUUUCUUGAAGGAAUAAUCACCAUCAAAACCCAGAGGAGAUUUUGAAUCUCUGGUUUUGACAGGUUAGUGUGCCAAAAUGAAAAUACCCCAUGAAAUAAAUUGUUGUUAUUUAUAGUGACAGAUGGUUGUAGUUAGUUUUAGAAUCCUGUCUGGCAUAGAAGCAUCCCAAGGUGUUUAGUCAUUUUUUUAUUUGCUUCACUUUUAGAAUUCUACCCUGUAUGCUGAACACAUCUUGUUUAAAUUGAUCUAACUAACUAAACACUCUGAAGUCAGACUUGGAAAACUUUCACUCUGAAUGUCAGUAAAAGGGCAUUAUGUUGUCACUUUUUAAUCUGAAUUUAUGCUACAUUAAGCUCUCUUUUCUCUCUGUUUGGCAUUCAUUACUUGUAGUGUAACCAACAACUUUUAUUCAUAAAAUGAUUUGUCUGUUUUUACUGUACAUGGUCCAAACCUUUAAAGCUCACAAUCACAAAUGAAUAUACAUGACAGACUCGCUGGUUACACAAAGAGAAAGGCAAGCGCUCAUGACACCAAAACCUUGGAUAGCAUUAAAAUGAACAUCAUAGUUCUGCUGGUCGGUCCAUCUAAAUGUGCAAAAGAAAAAAAAGUCUAGUUGAUUCUAGAUUGGGACAAUUAAAACACUUGACAAUGUUUUAACUCUUCCCUGUUUAUCUUCUGAGAUCAUACUGAAAGCCCAUUCCAUGUGAUACAAAAAAGUAGCUCAGUCAUGGAUGGCAUGUGUAAUUUACUGUAGAUAGCUGUGGGAGGUGGAGGUGAGCAUUGUUGAUCACUGUUCCUCCACGCAAACUUUCAGAACCAGGCCCGAUGCUGUAUUUUCAAACUAGCACUUAAACCAUGUGGGUCCAAGCCAAAAAACUGAUCCGGCUUCGGUCUUUUGGUAGAAUAAGAACACAGAUACAUUUUUCAGAUGUUCUAACAUUCAUUAGGUGGCCAAGUUGGGCUUAACAUGGAGAGAUAAGAAAAACAGAAGCACUGUAAUUUUUCCUCACAACAGCAAGUGGUAGUGAUGCUGGGACUGCUGCAUCAUCUCAUUUUUUCUAAAGACAGGAGUCUUUUUAUAAUUCUACUGAAUGAGAUUCCAUUCAUGGUAAAGACGUUGUUUUCCAACUUGUGGUUACAAAAUGUAAAGACUUGGGUCACUAUGUAGUAAUUCAUGUCAUGGACUACUGUAAUAAGUACGCGCUGUGUAAAGCAAAUAAAUUGAAGGCAUUGAAGUAUUCCAUUUUGCCAACUUCAGAAAGUAUUCUGGCAGAUGGUCACUGAAAUAUAUAUUUCAGCAUAAUAGAACAUGGUUGCUGUUUGCCCCCACUGUUACAGGAAAAAGUAAAAAUAUACAUUGUUUCUUUUUAACUGUAUAGUAUUUUAAAAGAAUGAAAAACAAUGGUGCAUUUGUCUGAAGAAAAAAAAUCAAUGAAAACUAUGGGUUUAAAUGGAUGGUGCUUGUUUUGUUGAAAUCUGAGUUGUAUAUCGCCUCUGUUAUGUUUAUUGAAAACAAACAAAAAAAAGUUGUUGUGCAUGAUGUGUUUAGCAGUCAUAAUGAUGUCCAUUUGUGAAAUGUGUAUCAAAAAAAAAAAAAAAAAAAAAAAAAAAAAUUAAAGAAAAAAAAAGAAAUCCGUAGAUGCACUUAUUGUACAUGUGGUUAGGUUAGUAGGUUUGACUUCAAGUUCUGACUGCCUUACAGAUGUUUGGGCAGGUUCUUAAUGACAUAGAAAAGACAUGUGGGAGAAGACAUAAUGAAAAACAAUAAAGGAUUGUAGAAUAAUAUUGAACAAUUCUGAAAUUGCAGUUCUUUUGAUGCUUGUGAUUAUUGCAGAUGUACUUUAGAGAAAUUUCAUUGAAAAGAUAUGACUCUGAUGUUAAUUCUGUAGAAUAGCAAUGUAUACCAAAUGUAAUCUUUCCAAUGCUAUGAAGAAUUUAUACAUGAAAUUGAUAUGCAAUAAAACCUGUGUGCUUUUUAA